UGUUAUGGUGUGGCACCGUAACUCAGCAGACAGCACACAAGAACACGAUGGUUAUUUGUGUGCUGGGUCGAUACCUCCUCAAAAGCAGCCUCUGCAGCAGAUCCUGGUGCAGGAAGAGCAGCCUGUACUCGGCCGGCCAUGGCUUCCAGCCCGAGGAGAUCAGGGAGAAGCUCAGGGCCUACCCCGGGGGGGCGGUGGACCUGCUCACCCAGGGGGAGACGGGGCUGGCAGUGCUGACCGUCAACAACCCCUCCCGCAUGAACGCCUUCUCGGGCGCUAUGAUGGUGGAGCUGGAGGAGAGGGUGUCUCAGCUGGAGUCGUGGACGCAGGGCAAAGGCCUCAUCGUGCGAGGGGCAGCGGGGACCUUCUGCUCAGGCUCCGACCUCAACGCCGUCAGGGCCAUAUCCAACCCACAGGAUGGGAUGAAGAUGUGCAUGUUUAUGCAGGACGCUCUGACCAGACUACAGAGGCUUCCUCUGGUGUCUGUGGCGCUGGUGGAGGGCAGAGCACUGGGAGGAGGCUCAGAGCUCAGUACUGCCUGCGACUUCAGACUGAUGACCCCUGACAGCGUGAUCCAGUUCGUCCACAAGCACAUGGGCCUGGUGCCGGGCUGGGGCGGGGCCGCCCGGCUGGUCCGCCUGGUGGGGGACCGCCACGCCCUGCGGCUGCUGGGCGGGGCCCUCAAGGUGGACCCCGAGCUGGGGCUGCGGAUCGGGCUGGCGGACGGCGUGCUGGAGGAGGGGGCCCCCCAGGACGGGGACGAAGGGGCGGCCCUCCGGCAGGCGGAGGAGUGGCUGAGCCGCUACACCAAGGGGCCCGCCGAGGUGAUCCGGGCCGCCAAGAGGGUGGUGUCGUCGGGGAGGGAGCUGCCCCUGACGGAGGCCCUCCGGGCGGAGAAGGAGGUGUUUGGGACUGUGUGGGGCGGGGAGGCGAACCUGAGGGCCUUGGCCGGCAAGACGAAGCACAAGUGAAUCUGCGGCGGGGGACCGAAGACCACCACCUCCUCCUGCACCACCUCCUGUACCACCACGCCCACCUCCUCCAAUCAGCUCCUCUCAGACCUCGGUUGAGUUCCUGAUUAAAAAGCGACAGAAGUUUAGCUGGGGACAAUGACGUCCUAACAUGGAGAACGACCCAAAGCUCUGUUCUGACCUGAAUGGUGAUUCCGCACGGAUAUAAUGAGCGACAGGUGAUAUGUUUUGAAAAAGACGUAUGAAACAAUGACGUCUCAAUGAAAACUCUGUUAUUGUGAAAUUCCUUUGCCGUUCACAAAUGUCAGUGCCUCACUUUAUUUUUGUUUGUGUCCCACAUCUGUUUAGUUUGAAAUCUAUGUACGAUUUAUUUUGACAGCUGAAUAAAACCCACAAAUCAAUGUUUUUGUCUGCAGUCCACCAGCCAUUCAAGUCUCAACAAAAUGUCCCCUUUUGUGACAGACUACCGGCUCAAGUUGUAGAGAUGUGUUGCUUCAUCUUUGCUAUGCAGUCUAACCACGUCCACAUGUAGGACCUGCUUUCUGGGUCAGGACUGCCAGACCACCUGCCAAGAGCUUCAAACGAAGCUUGCUCAACUGCUUUCUCUGGUGAUCAACAGACCUCUGGAAUGGGAUUAUAUUAAUGGUUAGAAUUAGCAGUUAUUAGCAUAUAAGUGAAGGUCAGACUGCAGGCAUCCUGUGGCACCCUGGUAUAUAAUGACAGGACGGGCCCAAAGCUUUGGCAUCUGUCCUGUUUAAGAGUAAAAAUGCACCUCAGCCAAAAUUCAUGAGCCGUCACGUCUAAUGGUGUUGUACUUUAUUAAAAAGGAUGUACCCUUUUUUACCUUCCUCUUAAAUGUGAGGUGAGGCAUCUGAUCCCCCCUGAAUAUUGGACCCAAGGGCUAGAAGACAUUUAACUUUUAAAGGGGAAAUAUUAUG